AUGAGUUCAAUCGUUAGUGAAAGUGAAAGUUCUGAAACAACCCCUGCUACUAAGAAACUUAAAAUCGGCAAGUCUCAAUCAUGGGUUUUUAAGGAAGGUCACUUUAUCAAACACGAUCCUCAGCAAAUGGACCGUGCCCAAUGCACAUAUUGUAAAAGUAUUUUAAAACAUGAUAACAAGACGGGAACCAGUGCCUUGAUUCGCCAUCUAAAAAAUACAAAAUGUAAUAUACAUAUUAAGCCUGACAAUUCGCAGCAAACAUUACAGUUUUCUCAUUCUACAUCAAGUGUCGUUACUUACAAGUUUUCUCAAGAGAGAAGCCGUCAAGAUUUGGCAAAUAUGAUUAUCAUGCAUGAGUAUCCAUUUCGCAUGGUUGAACAUGAGGGAUUCUUGAAAUUUGUUAAUAAUUUGCAGCCACAGUUUAAAGUAAUGAGUGAAAAGACAACACGCGAAGAUUGCAAGAAUCUUGUUGCAGAUCUCGAGAUAAAGAUUCGUAUAAUGAUACAAGAAACGCCCGGGCAUCUGAGUUAUACGACCGAUUUGUGGACAUCAAACCAAACUCUUGGAUAUAUGGCAGUUACAUGUCAUUUUAUCGAUAAGGAUUGGAACCUUCAAAAAUUAAUUUUAUCAUUUAAAGUGAUUUCUGCGCCGCAUACAGGAAUUGCUAUUAGUGAUAUGCUUUUUAAGUGUUUUAAUGAUUGGAAUGUUACAUUAGCAAUUACCAUGGACAAUGCCACGAGCAAUGACGCUGCAAUAAUUGAUAUAAAACGCAAGCUUCGUGAACAAAACAUGCUCAUUGCGAAUGGAAGUUUGUUGCAUCAACGUUGUUGCGCUCAUAUAUUGAAUCUUAUAGUUAUUGAUGGACUUAAAAUAGUUAAGGAUAUUACGAGCAAGAUCCGAGGUUGUGUAAAGUGGAUUCACAGUUCACAACGUCGACAGCAAAAUUUUGAAGAUUCUGUAAUUGGAUGUUGCAAUGAACUUGUCUCAAGCCGGCGACCAGCUCUUGAUGUAAUUACUCGUUGGAAUUCGAUAUACUUGAUGUUGAUAUCCACAAUUCCGUAUAAAAGUGUAUUUGAGCGUCUUGCAUUACGAGAUGCUAGUUUCGAGCCACUUAUGCCUUCAGAUGAAGAGUGGAAAAAGGCUAAUAGUCUUUGUAAUUUUUUAAAACCAUUUUAUGAAAUUACGAAUAUUAUAUCAGGAAGCACAUAUUCUACAGCAAAUAUUUUCCUUCCUUAUUUAUUGAAAAUUAAAAUGCAUCUCGAACGAAGUGCUGCUAACUCGGAUCUUUUUUUUUGUCAAAUGGUUAAGCCAAUGCAAUCCAAGUUCGAUAAAUAUUGGGCAGAUAUGGGAGACAUGCAUUGUAUUGCAUCGAUAUUGGAUCCUCGUUAUAAGAUGUCAUUGCUAACUCAUAUAUAUAAGCAGGUAAUGAACUUGUCAUACACCGAGGUAGAAAACAAAUUAAAUUAUAUUAAAAUGAGAGCUACAACAAUUUAUAAUUCAACAUACAUGCAGCAUGCAGUUACUUCUAAUACUAUAACGUUAGAGAAUUUUUUUGAUAUUUUUUAUGAUGAAGAAAUGCAAGAUUUCGAUACCUUUCUUGCUAAUGAAGCUAAUGUUGAAAACGAAAUGGAUGAGUUUGAACAAUAUCUUGCUGAUCCACUUUUUCCCCGUUCUCGAUCAGAGCCAUUUGACGUUCUAGCUUGGUGGAAGAUAAAUGCACCAAGAUAUCCUUCCGUAUCAUUAAUGGCAAGAGAUAUUCUUGCAAUUCCGAUAACUUCAGUUGCAUCUGAAGCAAUAUUUAGUACAGCAGGAAGAAUUAUUGAUGAUUAUCGGUCAAAUCUUACUCCAGAAACUGUUGAAAUGUUAAUAUGUGGUCGAGAUUGGAUAAGAAUUGCAAAAAAACAGGACUGGAAUGAUUAUUAA